CGUGGUAAUCUCUGAGCAGUGAAUGCGACCACGACCUGUCCAUACCGAGUCACAGUUGUAACUUACACCUGAUCUAUUUUUUUCUUUAAAAAUAAAACAAACAACCACAGGCCACAUUAACACCCGCUUUACUCUUAGUCUAUUUGUGAUAGCUGGGUUUUAGGGGACCACGGCAGUUUGCUUCUUUCCAAGCAGAGUAGGAGGCACGAUCUUUCACCACCUGAGGCACGGACAAUUCAGUAUGACUCCAUUCCCCUGACAUUGUUAAAACAAAUUAUAAAAAGCUCAGACAUGUAAAACAAUUAUUUAAUAGUUAUUUUGUCGUCGUCGACCCCCGCAAGAAAGAAAGAAAGAACAAUUGCGUAUACUGUAUUGUGAUGAAAGUAAUGUUAUAGGUAUAUUUUCACGAUGCAAAGAAGGGGGGGGGGGGGGGGGGUUAGUUGGCAUAAAUAUAACGCAAUUAAAGUUGGUAUUUCCUGCUUUGAAAUAUGCGAUGCAGUUUCACACGCUCAUAUAUUUACAGAAAACACACAUACAUUUAGGAAGUAUUUCAGAACUAACAUUUCAAUAUACACUUGAUACCGAGAUUGUAUUUCUUAAAUGUUUGGUGUUAACCGUUGGUCUAUAUGUGUACUUAGCGACUACUUUUCAGUUAGUUGCUGUUUGCUUACUCGUGUCUUGAGUACUAACUGUUUGCAGGACAAACACAAUGCAUUGGUGGUACACGUGGUACCAAAACGUGGCCCCUCUGUUCUGUAUGGGUAUUCUUAUUGGCUCCCGCUGCCUAUGCGGAGCCCCAACGAGAGAGUUCAGAAGGCGUGGCGAUGGAGCCGAGCGCAGACUUAAAUGCACGUGUGUGUGGCAGCGCUGCAAGAUUGCUGGACUGCAAGCCAGGAGCCAUAAGGUUACAUGCGAAAGAAAUUGCCUUGGUUGGAAAAAUAAAUACAUAAAUAAAUAAACAAACAAACAAACAAACAAUCGGGACUUGGCUAAAAUGCCCUCUUUUGUACAGACACCCUUUCAAGAGCUGGAUGAGAUUUUGUGCAAGAACUUUCUGAAUCUUGACCUGAAAAGCGUUCCAAAGUCGAUGGUGCCGGCAUCGAAACCGGGGGGGUUUACGAACAGCCAGUCUGUCUCCCCUCUUGCCCUAGAGGGCAGUGCAUUGAACACUGGCAGCGCUGGUGUAAUUGGUGAUGUGGGAUUGUGCCUCCAAUCCAGCAAGUGGUCCCGGCCAGCAGAACAGCCUACACCACCGGGCUUGAGCAAGAUGCCGUUCUGGGUGGACCGUUCCAUCAGCAUGAUCGAAAGAGACUCUGGGAGCCUGGGGUGGGCAGCUUCUGACGCUGGCCUUACCAAGCAGACCCCGGCCUCUGAUCCAGCUGAUGAAGCCGCCGCCACCACUCUCAGCUCAUCUCGCUACAAGACGGAAAUGUGCCGGACUUUUGAAGAGAGCGGCAACUGCAAGUACGGUGCCAAGUGCCAGUUCGCGCACGGUUCCAGCGAGCUCCGAGGCCUCAACCGACACCCUAAAUACAAGACCGAGUUUUGUCGCACGUUUCACACCGUCGGUUUCUGCCCUUACGGCAUCCGGUGUCACUUUGUCCACAACGCAGAAGAGGAGCUGCAGGCCCGGCCUCGACAGCAGCCGGCUCCCAGAAACAGAAGGCCUCCUCUGAUGAGACAAAGCAUCAGUUUUGCUGGUUUCCCUUCUGCGCCACACCCUAAGGAGAUCUCUUUCCCUUUCUCCAGAGGGGCUUCCACCUCCCCGCCACCUUCCACAGGCAUCCCAGAACUCCUUUCACCUGUCUUCCUGAACUCCGACUCUUUCCCCACCUUUAAUGAAGCGGACCUGGAGCCUGGGCUUCAUUUUCUGCUUUCUUCUGACUCCAGCCGCUCCUUCUCCGGGCACUCUUCCGCCACCCCUCCCUCUCCUGCCAAGGCAGCCACUACCUUCCCCUCUUCCUUUAGCGUAAACCAGUCACCCAUCCAGCCCCUUCCACCCAGCCUUGCUCUCCGAUCGAGGAGCCUGUCUUCCAGCUCUCUCUCUGACCACGAAGGAGGUUACAGCAGUUCUGGCAGCAGUCUCAGUGGGUCCGAGUCUCCUGUGUUCGAGGCUUUCGGGCGACGACUGCCCAUUUUCAGCCAGCUGUCAGUGCCCGAUGACGAUUGUGCCUCAUUUUUCUGUUAGGCUUCUGCCAUUCCUUCGCAUAUAGUGUGUGAACUCCAGAGACUACCAGUUGAAACAUGCCUUUUUAUUUUUUCCUAAAGUAUUUUAAGACCGAGACUGUAUACUCUUGUAAACAUACCUUUUUAUGUAUUUUGGGGAUACUUUGUAGCGAUACUCCAGUCUUCAUGUUAUUACUGUACAGUAGGGGAAAAGCAAUACAAAAGCCCUGUGUUUUUUAUUUUAUUAUUAUUUUUUAAUGGAGUUGUAAGGCAGAUAAAAGGGGAGAAAGUAACAGAUUUCCUUCAUUUGAGUGUUGCUGUUCUUGUGUUUUAUAAGCGAGGGCAGGUUGUUUUUCUCAAUGUGUAGCUUUGAGGCGUGUUGCCGAUUGCCUGAACAUGUGUUAUUUUGUUACAAGGUGUUUUAUUAAUAAUACUCCCUCCCAGUUA